UGCAGCCCUUUGACCGAAAAUACGCCUAUCUGCGGAUUUUAAAGUCCUUCACGCAGUCAAAUGCGGAAGUGGUAACAAGUACCGCUCCGGGCUCGGGUGGAGUAGGAGCAGCUUCGACAGGGAUUAGUAACAUGCUAGUACCCGACCACGACAAUAAUUUUUCUCCCCUGGAGCUUCUGACCGGAAAAAUCUUACUCGACGGCUCCCACACGAAGGGCCUGUUGCAGGAGUCUUUGGAAGCGAAAGUCGACCAUUUGAACCGGAAAAGAGAGAUGAAAAUGAAGGGCAACAACUCGAGUGGUUCUUCCAGUAACGGCGCAGGAGAGCUGUUGAUGAACAACAAGAUUUCCUCCUCCAAUGACACUACCAGCGAAUUUCGGAGCAUCAUGGAGUCGCUGGGGCUCGACGCCCUUCGUCGCGGGAAGUACAUCCUGGCGUUGCGGUUUCUCCACCUGUCCACCAACUACCGGAAAGUGUUGGAAACCAUGCAGCGGAUUCUGCGGCUCCCCGCUUUCACGGAGGUGGCCAGCUGCGGCAGCCGCAACUUGUCUUCCGGUGCCACCUUCACCCCCGGUCAGGAGCCGAUUGGCGGGGGCGGGGCUGGUGGUGGAGCCACUAGUACUUCCAUGUCGGGAGGUGCGGCUAGUACUACCGCGUGGACAAAUAGUUUUAAACUGCGGCAAUUAGAACAGGAGUGCCGCAAGUUCUUGAGCAUGUACGCCGAUUACGGGGCGUCGUUCGGAAUCGAUGUGAAUUCCUCUAACAACUCCGGUAUGGUUGUGACAAACGCGGCGGAUCAUGGCACCCGUGCGGCGCAACAGACCACGCGGAGUUCGGACGAAAUCACGAGGGUGUGGAGGUUCGUCUGCAAGCUGUGGCGGUUGAAACACUUCCACGACUGCGUCCGGGACCAGGGAAGGUAUAGAAUUAGAAGUUUGUUCUAUGAUCAUGUACUUAGUACGAACGGCUUUUGAAGAAGAUGCUGCGAAGAGGUGUUGUCAUGCAAAACUCACAACAUCGCAAUCGCAAUGCAUGCUUGGUCGUGCAGAACAUUUCGACAUAAUGCAAAUAAUUAUCAAAAAAGAACGACCUCUACAACGUGAACUCAGGUACGAAGAGGCUUUAGAGCUUUUCGAUCGGGAGGAAUUUCUUUCCAACCCGGAUGAGCAAAUGCUCCCCGGCUUUUUUUCCGUCGACUACACCAAAAUCCUGGAGACGUACAUCAGCCUACUGACGCGGUACUACGCGGCGGACCAUUUCGGGAAUACCGCGGGGGGCGGCAUGCUGCAGGACCAGCUGCUGCCCGGGAGUUCGGGAUCCCAAAUCUUGCGGCAGAGGCUGCUGCAGGUUCAGAACUUUCUGUCGAAAAACGGACACAUCUCUGUGUCACCGAACGCGCGGUACUUUAUGCAGCAACUAUCGCUGAAGUGAGGCGGGAGGUUUUUGAUGUUGUUCUGAGCCAGCAUGUAGUUGCGGCGAAGUCAAGGACAACGAGCAGUACGAAUUUUCCAGAAGAAAAAAAUGGAGAAGAUUUAUCACGCGCAUUUAGUAUUUUUCCAUUGUUUAUUUCCAAGAAAUAAUGAUCUUCUUGUUCUGGAGCCGCUGCAUCGAGGUUCAGUUCACCACGAGAAGAACACCAGAUGAUUUUUUUCGGUGGUCAGAAGUGGAGGAAAGUAACACGAUGAAAAUAAAUACAUGGUCAGCUACUUCAGAAGUUGUACGCGGCUUGUUUUAACAAGUAGAAAAGGCGACGCUGAAGGGUCGUGUCCGCAUCUAGUCGACAUCUUUGAAUUUAUACAAUGAAUCUUUCUUGCGACAAAAUAAAUACCUUGCGCUUGCCC